UGUUAGCUUCUCCAGAAUAAAGUCAAGACGCCUCGUGUUUGUGACGCGUCGCUCACUGCAGCUGCUGCUCAUCCAGCUGUGAGGAUAACAGCGCGUCAUGAAACAUUAUGAACAUAUAUGACCUGAUCCUGAUCCUGAACCUGAUCCUGAUCCUGAACCUGAUCCUGAUCCUGAUCCUGAACCUGAUCCAGAUCCUGAACCUGAUCCUGAUCCUGAUCCUGAUCCUGAACCUGAUCCUGAUCCUGAUCCUGAACCUGAUCCAGAUCCUGAACCUGAUCCUGAUCCUGAUCCUGAUCCUGAACCUGAACCUGAACCUGAUCCUGAUCCACCACGUGUGAAGCAACCGUUACAAAAAAAUGGAGAUAGAAAAUUGCAAAUCAUAUGAAUGUGAAUGCAAAAACAUUAUCAACGGCGUCAUCAUGGAAACUCGGACAGAUAUUUACAAGCAUCUGUUCAGAUUUGUAUGGGGCGAUGGGAGCGUUCAGCCGACAGAAGUUCUUCCAGGAGCUGUUCCGCGGCUGCCUGCUGCCCACGGCUCAGCAGGGCCUGGAGCAGGUGUGGCAGCUGCUGCUCAUCUGUCUGCUGAGUCGCCUCCUCUGGAUGUCAGGCCUCCCCUCCUUCCUGAAGCACCUGGGCACCGUGGCCGGAGGCUUCUACAGCCUCUACCUGUUCUUCGAGCUGCACAUGAUCUGGGUGGUGCUGCUCAGCCUGCUCUGUUACCUCUUCCUCUUCCUGUGCCGCCACUCCACCAUCAGAGGAACCUUCCUGUCCAUCACCGUGCUCAUCUACCUGCUGUUGGGAGAACUGCACAUGAUGGACACCACCAACUGGCACAAGAUGAGAGGUUCCCAGAUGGUGGUCGCCAUGAAAGCCAUCUCUCUGGCCUUCGAUCUGGACCGAGGCGUCGUGACCAGCGUUCCGUCUCCCGUCGAGUUCAUGGGCUACAUUUACUUUGUGGGCACCGUCAUCUUCGGCCCCUGGAUCAGCUUCAACAGCUACAAAGAAGCGCUGGAAGGACGGAGGCUGAGCUUCUCGUGGUUUUGUAAAGUGUCGGUCAGUUGGGUGAAGAGUCAGAUCUGCCUCGUUAUCUCCAACUGCGUGGCUCCGUAUCUCUUCCCUUAUUUCAUUCCUGUUUACGGAGACAAGCUGCUGCGAAGUAAAAAGAGGCGGAAGAUCAGAGGAGCUCUGGCAAAGUGGCUGCUGGCGUACGAGAACACGACGUCGUUCCACUUCAGCAACUUCUUUGUCGGUUACUUCAGUGAAACCACGGCGACUCUGGCCGGUGCCGGAUUCACCGAGGAGAAAGAAAACCUCAAAUGGGAUCUGACCGUGUCCAGACCUCUGAGUGUUGAAUUCCCCCGGUCGAUGGUGGAGGUGGUGACGUCGUGGAAUCUGCCCAUGUCUCGCUUCCUGCACACCUAUGUUUUUAAGAGCGCUCUGAAAUUUGGGACGUUCUCCGCCGUCAUGGUGACGUACACGGCCUGCGCCUUCCUGCACGGUUUGAGUUUCCACCUGGGCGCCGUGCUCAUGUCGCUGGGCUUCAUCACGUACAUCGAACAUGUGUUGCGGAAGCGGCUCGCGGACGUUUUUAACGCCUGCGUGCUGUCAAAGAGAUGUCAGCCCAACUGCUCUCACCGACACAAACAGGAGCUCUGGGUCUAUGUGGUUAACUUCACGUUCGGCGCCCUGGCAGUUGUCCACCUGACGUACCUGGGAUCUGUGUUCAACUCCAGUGUGGACUACAUGGAGCAGGAGGAGGACGACGCCACACACCACACCAUUCAGAAGUGGUCGGAGCUGAGCUGGACGAGCCACUGGCUCACGUUCGGCUGCUGGGUUCUGUACCGACUCCUCCUCUGAGAGGACGAGCGAAGGAAAAGCAAUAAUCAAAGACGUCGGGUCGGUUUCUCCUCUUCUGCUCUGUGACGUUAUUCUGCAUCAGACUCAAGAGAACGGACUCAAACCUGAACGCAACAAUCUACUGUAACCGUCAUCACCUGCGGCGGGCUCGUCUCCACGAUGUCCGCCCGCUCCUCCCUCCUCUCCUCCGGUUUCUGUGUGGAGCCGUCGUGUUGUGACAGCAGUUACCAGUGUCUCACGGUGAGUCACGAUCAAUAUCCAUCAGCCUGGAGCAGAUGUGCAGAUAGAAGCCGCUACCUGGGUGUCACCACCAACGGGAGAUUCCCUUCACCUCCGGUGUUUCACAAUCAGAGUUUUAGGUUUGAAAGAUAAAACCCGACGAUGCUCUUACAGUCCUCAAACCCCAUGAAGAAAUAAAGGCGUGUCUGCAACGUGGUGAUGUCACCAUGUUACGGAAGAAAAAACUAUAACUCACUAGAGGAAAGAGAAAAACUGAAAAACCAUAAUGUGUCUCCUUUAAAAGGGAGAACUGUUUCCUGAGUGGUGAGUGUACUUUUUAGAAAACAUGUAUUUGUUAGUUGCAGAUCAAUCCUGUACAUGUCUGGUGCUCUAUGACUGCUGCAGAACAACAGUGUGACUCGUGCAUAUUUUAAUUUGAGACAACGAUGUCGAUCUAUGACAGAAGAAUGAUCCUCAUCAAUCUGCUGCUGCAGAGACAGAAUCUGUUCGGAGAGUCGCUGUUGGAUUUUCAUGGGAUUUGUUCUCCAUAGGACAAACACAGAACCUCCCGACCACACGGCUCCUCAGCAGAGCUCGUCUCUGGAGCGCGUGACACAGUUUGACUUUGAGUUAAAAAAGCACAGGUUAUGGUUGAAAGGCAGCAAUUUUAUCACCACUGACAAAGACAGUUCGCUUUUUUUGUGAAUUUUAGAUAAAGAAAAAUAAUCAGUAAAUCUAUUCAUGUGCAGUUUCCUUAAAAGUGUUUGUAUUUAGUUUUGUGUUAUUUUUGAUGAUUUCCUGAAAAUUCUACUUUGCUUAGAAAAGGUCUGAUUAGUGUUUGUGGACAUUGAAGAAAAAACCUCUUCAGUAUUUAAAUAUGAAAGUUUAGAAUCAGGGUUUUUACACUUGUGUUACUGUAGAGUAAAACAAAUGUCACCUCUCUUCCAAGAUUGAAUUAUACAUUAUAUUAAAUAUUUAUCCUGAAGUAUAGAUUUUUAUUACACUGCUCGUUUGUGUAACUGAUGAAAGAACUGGACUCAUCACAUCCCAUCUCCGUCUUUAUUAAACGUCACAGGAUCAGAGCCUGAAUGUCUCUGCAGAGAAACACGAUCCCCUCGAUCCAACAAGUAUUUUAAAUACCAAAAUUUACUUUAAGAUCUUUUUCCCCUGUCAAUGUGAAAGCACUGUGAUAUUUUUAUAAAAAUUUUACACGAAA